CCCAGAGUUGGUGAGAGACCAACGAGAGACAACCAAAAUACAAAAAGACCUUGCAAUCACCCAAUCCCAGCAUAACACUCUCGAACCUCUCUCUAUUAUCACCACUAUUAACAGAGGUCCUUAAGCAACCAACAAAAUUUUGUUCUACCUGAAACACUCCCAGGACUCCCAGGACUCACACCAAUACAGACCAUCACAGCCCUUGAGUUGGCAUAAGAAACCUACUGCCAGACAUAACAGCCCAACUUAUCCAUCCACCUGCAGGACCACACCCAAACUUACCCAAGAUGGGCACACAACAAUCAACCCAGAUAACAGCAGUAAGCACCAGCAGAUAACAGUAUACAAAAUUAGACAAAAAACAGACAGCAGAGCAGAAAACGAGGCCAAACCAUAAUAGAACAGAACAGACCCUUUAGCAUAGCAGAACAGAACAGACCCUUGCGCAUACCAUUGCGGCCACCAGCAGCAACCAUCAUAAUAGAACGGAACAGGCCCUUUAGAUAAUACAGCCUUACAUUCUCCUACCCAAACAAAAUCUGAUUUGCUCCAGAUUAUGCAGAAAAUCAGUUACAGAAAAAGGAAGAUCCGAGGACGUGGCUUUUAACCAGAUUGCUAGCCUAAUAAUGAUAACUUCAAGAAGUUCUACCAUGUUAGGUUGAGAAUCUUGGAAGAUGCACUCGUUCCUGUGCUUCCAAAUGGACCAGAGAGCCACCAAGGGGAUAGCAUUCCAAAUUAUUUUUUCAGCUUUCAUGACCUUGCUUCCAGCCCACCACUGCAGUAAGCCAUCAACAGUUUGAGGCACUACCCAGAGGGCUCCCCACCAUUGCAGGAGACCCGUCCAAACUCUCCAGACCGAAGGGCACCAGAUCAGCACAUGUUGAACUGUUUCUUGUUCAGCUUUGCAGAAAAUACAGACAGUGGCAGCACUAUCCUCCAGCACACCAAUUCUGUGCAAGAACACUGAAGUUUUUACCUUAUGCUUCCAUGCGAGCCAACCAAAAAAUUGAACUUUAGGUGGAAGGAAGAUUUUGAGAGAAUAUAUAAUCGGAGAGUGGUCGAGGAUGAGUUUUCAGAAUUCUGUGCAAAACUUGAAUCUUGUAAAUGUGAUCCUCUUGUAGCUGUUGCUGAGGAGAAGGUGAAAGUUGAUCAAUUUUCUACACUAAGGGAACAUGAUCUUUGUGUCAGAAUACAGCAAUAUCAAAGUAGUGCCGAUGAAGAAUUUUUCAUGCAAUAUCAAACUAGUGCUGAAGAAGAAUUUUCCAUGGUUCAUUGUCCAUGGAUUUUUCCUAUUUUUGAUCCCGAGUUGGAUGAUAUCAGCCCUGAAGACAUAGCAAGUGCAUUGGAGGUGUUUAGGAAUUAUGACAAGCCUUUAAAGGAAGAUUGUAAAACGCAGCUUACCUUGGAGUUGACACAUGAGAAAAGUUGUCGUAUUCUUGAUACUUUGGUUUUAGAGGCUUUGAGGGGCGUCAACAUUAAAGAGCUAGAAAAAAAUUUACCAAAGACAUCAGAUGUGUUUCUCUCUGAUGAUAUUAAAACUGCGUGCUCAGUUUUAGCUGAUGGCAUAAUCGUUGGGCUCUAUGAAUACUUGGCUCCUAUGAAAGCAUCAGCGUUGAAGGACUUUGAGAAAGCUGUAAUUUUUCCUUUAUCAGAUGUUUGCUUCGGACCUUGUACAGAUGAGCUCACUGAAGUGAUUAAGAUUGCUAAUCAUGAGAGAAGAAUGCAAGGUGAACGUUUCAUUAGUGUGAAGCAUAUUUUGUUUGGCCUUUCACUUUCAAGCGUUGGUGAAUGUGUCGGGAGGAUCCUCAAUGACAGGGGGCUAAAUUGUUUGGGUGGAUUUCCUUGAAGCUCUCUUCGUUUAGCAUUUACAAGUUAUCGCGCGAUACAGCUACCAUUCUUGGUUAGAUCUCUAUUUUUGUAAUGACCUCAACAUCCCAUUGAAUUUACUCUUUAUAAAGUUAUGUGGCAGGUGAAUAUUAUGAAUCUUUUUGUUUUAAAUGGAGGUAAAUUUGGUUGCUCUGAAAAUUUUAAGGCAUUAAAUGGUCUCUCCUAAAUCUAGUUCUGUCUUAAUGUUGCUUCGGAUUCAGUUGAGGAAACUGGAUUUGUCCGGUGGGUGGAUGAAGUAGGUUUAUGCAUAUUCAUGUUCCCCCCUCCCUCACACCUGAGCAUAUAUUGCAGGUGAUAAGGAUGUUGGACUUUUUUUUUUUGGGUGAAUAGGAUGUUGGACUUGAGCACUUGGUCCUGGCAAUUUUCUUUGGAAAGCAAGAAAGCAAUCGUACAGGGACGGCUGCACAGGAUGAUUGCACUUCCUUGUUCUUAGACGAGGACAAAUGGGAUGAUGAGCUCUUGAAAUGUUUAAGAAAUAGUAACACGGAAUGUGGUGUCGAAAGCUUCGACGACAGUGAAGCUUUCAAAUCAUUGCUACCCGAAGAUUGUUUGGAUGCUGCUGGUGGACCGUAUUCAUGUGGCUUUUUCAUCAUGGAAGAGCUGCACAAGACUUUCGAGUGUGGCUUGAAGUUGAAUGCUAUUCGUGAGUAGAAUU